AUGGACGCAGAUUUAGAUCAUCAGCGCAAUGGCAAUCAUGGUGAAGAUCGUGGUACAGAUAAGAGCAACGAUAGAAUGAAGUUCAUGAACAGGAGGAAAAUAUUAAGGCUGAACAGUCCUGCUCCACUCUACGGAGGCAGUGAUGAGAGUGAUGGACACGACUCGGAUUAUGUGCCAUCCUCUCCUGUCCGGGCUGGCAUUGCAACAGAGGGCAGUAAUAGGAAGAGGCGUCGCAAACAGGCUCGCCGUCACGCCCCCGCUGACGCCGCUGCAGCCCCUCGCGGUGUUGUUGGUGGGAAAGACGUGCCGAAGAGGAGGCCUGUUUCCAUUCGAUGCUCCCCCAUGAAAUUCAAAGGAAUUGUCGCAGCUCUCGGCGAUACUCUGAAAGGUCAAGUUGUGGCAAAGAAUUUCGGGGGCCUGCUGCAGUUCAAGCCUCAUGAACUUGAUAGACAUUUGCUUAGCUGGCUUAUGCGGAAGCUGAACCCAGAAACAAUGAAAUUAGAGAUUGGUGGCGGAAAAGAGAUAGCAAUCACCGAGCACAGUGUAUGGUGUGUGUUCCAGAUCCCCAAUGCUGGAAGUGACACACCCCAUAUGACGGAUGAUGAAGCUCGUAUUAUUCAGAGGGAGUUGGGAUUGCAAAUUUGUGGUAAGGUGUAUAACCCAAGGCGGGGGUUCAGUGCUGGAGACAUUUUGGAUGGUUUGAACAAAAAGACGCUCAGAGGAAGUUUGGGGCUUAUAGCGUUCUUCAUGUGCACAUUCCAGCCGCUGCUAUUCUCCAACACUGACGCCUACAUCAGGCUGGAGGAUGUAAAGUACACCGAAGAUUUGGAGAACAUUGGCAAUAGGAACUGGUGCAAAGCAGUAGUUGAUCAUCUUCGGAAAGCUGCUCGUUUGUAUAGAAAGGAUUUCCCGGAGAAAGGUAUUAUGGCACCGGUAAGUGGCUGUGGAAUCUUCCUAAUGAUGCUAUAUGUUGACAACCUGCAGCAUGGAUUAAAUACAAACCCGUUCUUGCUGCCUCGAUGUGCCUUCCUCGACACGAGUACCAUUGAUUCUAUAGCAAACAUGGAUCGCAGGCGAGAUGUUUCCAGUGAGACUGUUGAGUUUGGUAAACUUAUGCUGAGGAGCUUGCCUGACACAUGCUACGGUGUCCCUCCAGUUUCGCCAUUGGAAGCUUCUUCCCGGCCAGCACCAGUUGCUCCCAGCAGGGGGGUUGGCACCUCUGAUGCCCCUGGCGGUCAUGCCGCUGCCAAUGCGAAGCCUCCACCCAUGUACCGGUACCCUAGUUUCAGCAGUUCUUUCGGGCAAAGCAUUGUUGAUGUAGUUAGAAGAAGCAGGAAGGCAGAUGCGCUUAGCGUCUUGAAGGCAUUUGAUGAUAGCACCAGGCAGGCCCAGGAUUUCAUGCAGAAGGCUGUCGAGUAUACAUCAAGAGCAAAUGAGCUCAUGGCAAAAGCCCACCACGAGUGCUUCAUCUCCAUGCAGAAGCUACUUGUUGACACUACAAGAAAUCCAUUGAUCCAUGACGAAUUUUCAGUGACCUUUAUGAAAAUCGUCAUAAACAGACAUGAUCUAUGA